AUGAGUGUACGACAUUCAAUACCUGUUAUUAUCAUCAGGACCGCAAUUGUGGUCCCAUUAUUUAUCAUUGGUUGUCUAGCAAUAGUCGUUACGCAACUAAUUGGCGUACACUUUUUCAAGAAUAACCCAUCUACAAAACAGGCAAUCAUCAACGAAACCAAGACCCAUUUUGUCAUUUUGCUUUGUGGGAUCACUUCAAUCAUAAAUCCUUGCAAAUUUGCCGUCACAAUCGAUACAAACUCCGUACCCAACGCCCAACAAUUUCAAGUGGAUUCAAGUAACCAUCUCCACACUUUACUCCAACCCAACUCAGUCAUUAUAUCAAAUCAUCAAAUCUACACAGAUUGGCUCUUUCUAUGGUUUUUGACAUAUACUUCACAUUUAAGUAAUGCCGUGCACAUUAUUCUCAAAGAUUUAUCAAAGUUGCCCGUAUUGGGAUACGGAAUGAAGAACUUUAAUUUUUUGUUCCUUUCAAGAAAAUGGGAACACGACAAGGUUGUAUUGACGAACCAGUUGUUGGAAAUUGAUGCAAAUGCCAGAGGACACGGGCCGGCCAAUGGUUACAAACUCUUGUCUUCAACGGAUAAAGAGGUUAAAAAAUGGCCCCAGGGUGUUGAUGAAUCCAAGAUAUGGCCAUAUGAACUCAUCUUGUUUCCUGAGGGCACAGUUCCAUCCGAUAGAACAACCAAGAAAUCAGCAGAGUACAUUGCGUCUAAAGGGUUGCCACCUUUGAAUCAUGUCUUGUUGCCUCGUAUCAGAGGUUUGUACUUGGCUUUACAAAAGUUGCGCAAUUCAGUUGAAAUUGUGUAUGACGUGACAACAGCGUAUUCAAGUUUGAAAGAAGAUGAGUAUGGAGAAUUGGUGUUUUCGUUGAAGAAUUUUUACUUGCGAGGUCGCGGUCCACCAGUGGUAAACUAUUUCAUUAAAGGUUAUAAAUUGCUGGAUAUUCCAUUGGGUGAGGAGGCAUUGGAUAGUACUGUUGAAGCUAGUGAUGAAGAUUUGCAGAAAUUUGAAGAUUGGUUAUUGAAGAUAUGGUAUGAGAAGGAUAAAUUGAUGGAUAAUUUCUAUAAAACUGGUCAUUGGGGAAUAGGAAGUGACACUGGCAGUGGAAACAGUCAUGGAGCUACUAGAAUCAAUACUAAAACAAUUGUUGGUGAUUUCAAGUUGAGAAGCCCCUUGGAAUUUACAAAACCUUUCCUUGUGUCUAGCUCCACCAAAACAAUAUCAGUCAUGUUCACCAUAUCUAAAGGCAUUACCCUUUUGACCAUAAUAAUCCAGUUUGUAGCCAUGGUUUUACUUGCGUUCUUGCUUCUUGGCUGCAUCAAUACGUCCUCCAACUAUUCCAACGUUUACUUGUUUGACUACAAAUUCAAUUCAUCAUCAUCAUUGUAUCAACACUUAACUCUUGAUUCCAACUCCACCACAACCCCCGGCAACACAACCACAUCCUCAACAUCCAUUUUAAAUUCAGACUUGUCCAAGAUCUCAGUCAAGGUGGGCUACUUGGCACUUUGCCUUUCUGCCAAUGAUCUUCAACAAUGCACAUUCUACACCAACGUGCAAUCGAUCCCACAACUCACAAUAUCCUUUCUUGAGACUAGAUUUAACUUACUCAGUAUUGCCCAAACUUUCAACUCUUCCAUAGUUCACUCGCAUUUACUAAUGGCGUCUAUAAUCAUUACACUAGCAACACUAGUAAUCUUGUGCUACUUGACCUUACCAAUAAGUUUUGGGUCGUUGGUCAUGAAAAAAGUGGGUUUACUUCUAACAUUUGUCAAUAUGGUGCUUUGGGGAUUGGGUAGCAUGUUGCAGCAUCAGCUGGUCAAUGCAACAACGAGUUUGUUAAGUGGUGCUAGUUUUGAAGUGGUUGAGGUAAAUCGGGGUCAACGGGCUGAGACUAUGGCUUGGGUUGCUUUUAGCUUUUUGGUUGUUGUGUUUUUGAGCUUUGUGAUGAUGAAUUAUGCAGCUAUGAAGAGUAGGAGGAAAGAUUCAGGUGGGGAUGGUGGGGAAAAGAGAGGGUAUACGGAGAAAAGAGACAGUGUUAUAACAGAAUAUACGUAUCAUUUAAUUCAUAUAGGCAAUAAAAGAGCAAGAGCAAAACGAUUUCGUGCAACAAGUCAAAGUUCACGCUGGACUUCAAAGCACAUCAAGAUCCACCCCACAUUUAAACCACGGUCUAAACUACAGUCUGAACUACAGUCUGAAAGAGUCUACGCAAUACACCGCAUUCACAGUUUGCUAGACGCGUUUGUAUCGCGACUCAAUGAAAGCACUGAUUACACCGCUAAACAUGCGAUAUUAUCAGAAUUGUUAGACACUAUUGAACAAUUUAGCGGUGCUACUGAAUAUGAGUACUUCCUAAAGAAUCUAGUACCCAUAUUUAUAAAGGAACUUGAGGAGGUUCCCAUCUCAUAUAUAUCAACUAGCCCAGAACAGAAAUUGAGAAACAGCACGUUGGAGAUUAUCCACAGAUUGAUCAUGAACGAAACAUUCCAGCCGUUUGCAGAACAAGUAUUGGAUGCCUUGACAAAGAUCCUAGUCGAGGAAAACGAAGACAAUGGAGUUUUAUGUAUGAAAAUAAUCACUAGUUUGCAGAAAGCUUAUAAAGCAACGUUGGCAGACAAGGUACAACCAUUUUUGGAGCUCAUACAGAAAAUCUAUGACAACAUGGACCAAACAGUACAGGACAUUUUCUCGAACGAUUCUUCGGGCAAUGAAAACAAGGAAGAUGUAAAUGAGGAACAAAAUAUGUCGCCUGCUAACUCAUUCAAUGAUGACGCACCUACAAAGACAUUGAGCAAAGCCAUGUAUUCGUUCAAGACCUUGGCUGAAUGUCCAAUCACAAUGGUUUCGUUAUAUUCAUCAAAUAAGCAGCUUGUUGCGCCUUCACUCCCUCAUUUUUUGCCCAAAAUAAUGCAUGUAUUGCAAUUACAGGUCAAACCAGACGAAAAAUCUCAGCAAGAGUCUAACGACGUCGACUCAUCAAUCUCACCGAUGGUCAAAAAUAGACAGGCUUACAGUGAAUUCAUCUUGGGACAGGUUAAGGCUGCAUCCUUUUUGGCGUAUGUGUUUAUUAGAGGUUACGCUAAUCAAUACUUGAAACCGGAAGAAAGUGCAUGUAUCCCUGAUGUUAUUCUUCGAUUAUUGCAAGACUGUCCUCCUGAAUUGUCUAUUGCGAGAAAGGAGUUGCUUCAUGCAACAAGACAUAUACUUUCAACCCCAUUCAGAACGCAAUUUAUUCCAAAAUUGGGAUUACUUUUUGAAGAGAAAAUCUUGAUUGGUGAUGGGUUGACAUCUCAUGAAACGUUGAGGCCAUUGGCCUACUCCAUGGUUGCCGAUUUUAUCCAUAACGUGCGAGACGAACUAACUCCAGCACAGAUCUGGUCGACAGUCACUAUUUACUCGGGGUUGUUAAAGGACGAGUCUUUGCCAAUGUCAGUACAAAUCAUGAGUGCAAAGUUGCUUUUGAAUUUGGUUGAAAAGAUUAUGACUCUCCCCAACAAAUUGGAAGGCAGACAGUUGUUUCUCGUUAUUAUUGAUGCAUAUGCCAAGAGAUUCAAAAACUUGGAUCGUAAGUUUGACUUCAUUAUUGCCAAGCAUGAUGAAUACGAAAAGAAGAAGCUUAGUAAAGAAAAAGACUCAAAGAAAGCUAUUGAAAGAUACUCGUCCAAGCACAAUCAGGCACAAAAAGAGGAAAUUGCCGACGAAGACAAUGACCAGAUGGAUGUGGAUAAAGAAGAAGCACUGGGAGAAGCCAAUCCCCAAAUUGACAAAGCUCUUGGUCUCAACAUAUUCAAUAUUGACUCAUAUUCUCCUAUCGCUCCUGCCCCUACACCGAACACUACAGAUGUGUUGAAAGAUGCAAGAUAUCUUUUCCGUACAUUGAUGCAAUUUUUGAAAUCGGUAGUGUUUGGGUUGAAACAUUGCAACCCUCCAGUGCCUCCACAACCAGUCAUUACUGAUCCAGCCAAACAGCAGCAAGUGAAUUACGACAAAUGGAACGAUUCAGCAAAACUUAUAUCUGUUGAAGAGGUCAACAUCCUUAGGUCUUUGUUCCGAGGAGGUGUCAGUUGUCUUCGUUUUUUCUCAGUAUCAAAACCUAAACCUACAAUUUCGCAAAAGGCGUUUGAUUUUUCAACGGGAGGCCCUAAUUUGCCAAUCACUUCUUCCAAGGACGAAAAGGACUUGAUGGAAAUAUUUGCAACCAUAUUCAUAAACAUUGAUCCAGCUUCGUUCAAUGAAAUUGUUAGUUCAGAAUUGCCAUACAUGUUUGAAUCCAUGUUGGAAAAUGCAGCUUUAUUACAUUUGCCACAGUUUUUUCUUGCCAGUGAAGUAACAUCGGCAAACUUUUCAAGCAUAUUGAUUUCAUUUUUGAAGGAGAAUUUGAGUCAACUUGGUAAUGCAGACAUGAUAAAGUCCAACAUUCUCAUCCGGCUUUUCAAAUUGUGCUUUAUGUCGGUCAAUCUUUUCCCUACUAAUAAUGAGGGAGUUUUACUCCCACACUUGAACUAUCUCAUCUUGGAAGCAUUGAAACUUGGGACUAAAGCCGAAGAGCCAGUGGUUUAUUCUUAUCUCGUGAGAAUACUAUUCAGAAGUAUUAGUGGCGGCAAGUUUGAAAACCUUUACAAGGAAAUAAUGCCCAUCUUGCCUGUUUUGUUGGAAAAUUUGAACAAAAUGAUUGCCAAUGCGCAAAGACCGUACGAGAGAGACAUUUACGUAGAGUUGUGCUUGACUAUACCAGUUAGGUUGGCAGUGUUGGUCCCUCAUUUGAAUUACUUGACAAGACCACUUGUUUAUGCUCUCAAUGGACCACAGGAGUUGGUCAGUCAAGGUAUGCGUAUAUUUGAAUUAUGUGUUGACAAUUUGACUGCUGAAUAUUUCGACCCCAUAAUUGAACCUGUUGCUGAUGAAAUCAUGACUGCAUUGUGGAAACAUCUUGAGCCAGUACCAUACCACCAUCAACACAGUCACACUGCUAUCAGGAUUUUGGGUAAAUUGGGUGGCAGAAACCAUCGCAAGCUUAAAUCCAAUGAGAGCUUGGUCACAGUAUCAGAAGCAAAUCAAGAGAUUAAAGCCUUAGUCCAAGUAUAUGGCUUGAACGACUCAGUCCCAGUAUCAGUGACACCGGGGGUUGAGUCAGCCAUCAAGUUGUUAGAUGAUCCAAGGUUGAAAAUACAUUACCGAAUAAGCGCUUUCAACUACUUGACUAGUAUAUUAAAACUCUUCAUCAACACUACCCCAAUUCCAGAGAACUUUGUCCAAUUUGCACAAGAAAGUGUCGAGUUUUUGAAAAGGGACAAAUCUGACGAUAUUGACAUACCAUUGGCCCCACUGGAUAUCAAAGAUGGAGAAAAGCUUGACCUGCAGCAACAACUUUUCGCCAAGCUACUUGAAAUGUUGUUUUUUUCAGUUUCGAUACCUGAAUUAAAAGAAGAAGCGAGUGCAUUGAUUGAUGGGUUGACAACUCACUUCACAUUGUUACACUUGAGUACCUCUGUGAUUGACAAAAUCAGAAAAGAGCGCAAGUUUUCAGUGGACGAUAAUGAAGGUAAGGCCUACAUUAGCGAAAAUGCAUUUCUCAGUGCCAUCACUUACUCAUUAAGUUUUUGGGACAAAGACGUUAGAGCGAAAGGUAUUGAUGCGGUGAAAAGGAUCUACGACACCACGGUUAUCACGUUCGGGUCCGAAGAGAAUGCAUUGUAUUCCGAUGUCUUCAGAUCAAUGUUUUAUAAAUUCACACACUGCUGUUACAAUGAAUUUUACCACACUAAGCUAGGCGGUAUUAUUGGACUCAAGACCAUGUUUCAGGAAUUGAACAUCCCACCCGGCUGGUUUUAUCAAAGGCAAUUUGAGUUGGUGCGGUCUGUUUUCUUCAUCUUGAGAGACACGCCAACUACUGCACCAUUCGAAGUACGUGAAUCAGCUAAAGAAUUGGUUCUCGAGUUAUUGAAAACUUGCAACAAGGAUAUCACCAAAGAAACUGUUUUGGAAAAACCAUUCCAGACUCUUGUGGGAGCAUUGGUUUACGAUUUAGCCAGUCCAACCCCAAUGGUUAGAGAAGUUGCCCAGGAAUGUUUGACGGUGUUGUCCGAAGUGACAUCCACAUCCAUUGCCACUCUUAUGGGACCUUGCAAACACUUGUUGUUGACACCGAUCUUUGGCAAACCACUCAGAGCCUUGCCUUUUCCUAUGCAAAUUGGCAACAUCGAUGCCAUUACAUUUUGUUUACGUUUACCAGACACAUUUUUGAGCUUCAAUGAGGAGUUGAAUAGGUUGCUUUUGGAGGCGUUGGCUUUGGUUGACGCAGAAGAUGAAUCAUUGGCCAAUGUACAUCGUUUGAACGAGUAUCGUACCGCAAACCAGUUGGUUGAGUUGAGAGUAGUUUGUAUCAAACUAUUAUCUUUAGCAUUGUCAAAGCCCGAUUUCUCCAUUGGAUCUUUAGGUGAGGCAAGGAUCAGAAUUUUGGGUGUGUUCUUUAAAGCUUUGUGUAACAACUCCACUGAAAUUAUCAACGCCGCACACCAAGGAUUAGCCUCGAGCUUGCAAGAAAAUGCAAAACUACCAAAGGAAUUGUUGCAAAAUGGACUUCGACCAAUGCUUAUGAACUUGUCUGAUCAUAAAAAAUUGACCGUUUCUGGUUUGGAGGCGUUGGCUAGAUUGUUGGAGCUCUUGAUUUCUUAUUUCCGUGUUGAGAUUGGUAGGAAAUUAUUGGAUCAUUUGAUGGCAUGGGCUCAAAUCAACACCUUGAGACAGAUUGCCGGACAAAACUUGGAAAACAACCACACAGUUCAAAUAGUGAUGGCAAUCUUGAACAUUUUCCAUUUGUUACCGGCCAAGGCAUACACUUUUAUGGAAGAAAUAAUCAACACCUUGCAGUACUUGGAAGGUCAUUUGGAUCGUCAUCAAGACUCACCUUUUAGAAAGCCGAUAUCCAAGUUUCUCAACAGGUUUGCUGAAAACUGUGUGGAGUAUUUGAUCAACAACUUCAAGAAUAGGAAGCUAGGCAACAUGCUUGCAUCUAUUGCUGGAAUGGACGGAUGUGAUGGCUUGAGAAAACAAGCAGAGGAGAAAAUUCAAGUCUUAGUUGACGAUGUGACUUCCGAAUCGGACCCAGAGACUAAGGUUGUCAAGUUUGCAAACAUCAUUGAUUUGGUUGAAGCAAUCGCAAGGCAUGACAAGGAGUGGUUUAAAGGUCAGAAGCAAUUAUUGACUACGUUGUCUCAAGUCCCAGAGGAUAUACACGAGAUAAGUGUUGCGCCAGUGUUGUCGGCAGCUCAUUUCCGAAGCAGUCAAGCAAUCGACAAAUUGCAACAGCUAAUUGUUGAUUUCACAAGGGCCAAUAUGGACGAAACAGAUUUAAUUUUUUCUGUAGCAAACCGUCAUUGCCGAUUAGAGUAUGAGAUCUCGAACGUGUUUGAAGACUUUAUCUUCAAUGAUAUUGUUGCGUCUGAUGAUUUGGACUUGAAAACGAGGUACCUCAAUAGGACAGUGGAGUUCAUAAAUGAGCUGGAGCCAUGUUUAAAAGCAAAAAUCUUUUUCCUCAAGCGUGUUUUUGAUCCGAUAUUGGUGUAUGAGUAUGCCAAGAAGGGCGAUCUCUCCCAUAUGUUUGAAAAGGAAAAUCUGUGGAUUGAAAAAUUUGAUGAGAGUGUUUGGAGAUCAACAGAUGAUAUCAUUGGUAAUCACACAUCUGGAGCUAUUGACGGUUAUAGGUCAGCACUUUUGGAGGCUACAGCUUUGUUACUCAAGUUAGCCCCUACACACAUAAGCGACUUGCGUAAGGACAUUAUCAAGUUUAGUUGGAACUAUAUCAAACUUGACGACAAUAUCACCAAACAGAUUGCGUAUGUUACCACCGCAUACUUUAUUGCUGCGUAUGAAACUCCAGGCAAGUUGGCUACACAGGUUUUUGUAGCCUUGUUGAGGACACAUCAAACCGAUUCGAGGCACUUGGUUAGACAGGCAUUGGACAUUCUUGCACCGGUGAUGUCGGAAAGAAUGAGGGAUGCCGAAUCUCCCGAUAGUUGGUUGAAAUGGCCACGCCGUAUCAUCUCGGAAGAUGGAUUCAAUGUUACACAAGUCUUGAAUGUUUAUCAGUUUAUUGUCCAACAUCCAGAUUUAUUCUUUGUCGCGAGAGAGCACUUUAUAUCGAACAUCAUCACUGCCAUGGGUAAAUUGACAAUCUUGGCAAAUCCUGCUCUUGAAAAUCAACUAUUAGCUAUUGACUUGGCAGAGUUAGUUUUGUACUGGGAGCGGAAAGCAAAAGAUGUUGCAAAGAGUAGCGAGCUCGUUGAAGAACACACUAUUCAAUCUGCCGAGAAUGAACAUGAGACUGAAAUAGAUGCCAAAGCCGAGAGUGACUUCACCACAGCUCCAAAUUACUCUGUACCUUUUGGUCAAAGAGAAGCAUGUGUCACGUUCUUGAUUAGAUACGUAUGUAUAAGUCCUCAGAGGGCAUCGGAAAGUGAGUUGGGUCAAAAAGCUUUAGGGAUUUUGUAUGACUUGUUGAGUCCCGAGCAUUGGCCAGAAGUUGCUGUCAAGUUGACGUUUUUCGAGAAAUUUUUGCUUUCAAAUGAUUUGAACUCAAGUAAUUUAUUAGGAUACUGCUUGAACGCUUUGGAAGUUUUGGGAGUUGUUUUGGAGUGGAAGGAACCGGAAUGGAUUGUGACAAACUUGAGCUAUUUACAAAAGUUGCUUGAAAAAUGUAUCAAGUCCGAUAACCAUGACAUCCAAGAAAUCUUGCAAAGAAUCUUGUGUACCAUUUUGACCGCUAUCAACCAGCAUAAAGGAACCGAGGAAAAAAAUGACGAGGAGGAUGGUGAUGAUGAUGAUGAUGAUGAUGAUGAUGAUGUGAAGGAGUUUAUCAACUUGUUGACCACUUCUGUUUCAGAGGAUUUGGGCGAUAUGCCUUCGUUCGCAGCUGGUGUAACGUUGUCGUGGACUUUAGCACAGUUCAAACCUGCAAUAUUGGAUCCGUUAUUGCCUACGAUUAUGAAAGCUUUCAGCAAGCUUUGCAAAGAUCAUAUAACAAUAACACACCAGGGCUCUCUGGCCACCUCGAAGGAUAGUGCCAACGCUGAGUUCGAGGCCAAAAUGACCACGAAAUUGUUGGAAAAGAUUUUGAAUUUGUGUUCCAUGAGGAUUUCCAACUUGGGAGAUCAGCGUCGAAUCUUUUUGUCAUUGUUGGCGCAAUUGAUUGAGCGUAGUUUGGACAAGAGUAUGCUUGAAAAGAUUAUCAAAAUAGUCAAGAGCUGGGUAUUUUCAAGGACAGAUUUGUUCCCAACAACAAAGGAAAAGGCUGCGAUUUUAUCGAAAAUGAUGGUCUUUGAAGUGCGAGGUGAGCCGACAUUGUCUAAAGAAUUUUAUCAAAUCAUUGUGGAAAUUUUUGAAGAUGAUUCCUUCAGUUGUAGUGAGUUGACUGUUCGAAUGGAGCAACCAUUCAUGGUGGGCACGAGAUCUGUUGAUGUCUCGAUUAGAAGAAAAUUGAUGUCUAUAUUAAACAACAGUUUGGAGCAAGACGUCGCAAAGAGGUUGUAUUACGUUAUUCGCGAGCAGAAUUGGGAAUAUUUGGCGGACUACCCAUGGUUGAAUCAAGCCUUACAAAUCUUGUUCGGAUCGUUUAAUUUUGAAAACAAGAUUGAAUUUGUUGCCGAUGAGAACAGAUUGGCACCGGUUGAAGCAUUUAAAUUUCCAGAAUCGGAUUCAAUGGAGGUGGAUGCAAAUGAAAAAUUAAGGGAGUUGAUCCAGACGCACUCGAAAUUUCUACAAACCGUUAGCGAUAUCAAAGCAAAAGAUGUGUUUGAGCCAUUGAUUGAUUUAUUUUAUCAAAGCAGUGAAACAAUCCAAAGGACUUGGUCCGCGGUUUUCCCAAUAGUGUUUCAAUCUAUACCAAGAUCCGAACACUUGGACUUUACCAGAUAUUUGGUAAUUUUAUUAUCAAAAGACUUCCAUACACGUCAAAUUGAUCUUCGUCCGAACGUUAUUCAGUGCUUGUUAGAAGGAGUUGCUCGAUGUUACACUCUUCAACUUCCCCCGUUUGCUAUUGAGUGCCUUGCAGCAAACUUUGAUGCAUGGUCGCAAGGACUUCAACUAUUGGAGAACAUCAAUGAAGAAGCUGUACGUGUUAACGCGGAUGUUAGGGAGGUUGUACAAGAUGCGUUGUUGAAACUCUAUGCGACUUUGAAAGAGGACGAUAUGUUUUAUGGACUUUGGAGGAGAAGAGCCAAGUACAAUGAGACCAUAAGUGCGUUAUCGUAUGAGCAGAUUGGACUUUGGGAUAAGGCGCAGCAGUUGUAUGAAUCGGCCCAAAUAAAAGCCCGGAGUGGAUCAUUACCGUAUGGUGAAGCUGAGUAUGCAUUGUGGGAAGAUCACUGGAUAUUGUGUUCUGAAAAGCUUCAACAAUGGGAUAUUCUCACCGACUUGGCAAGACAUGAAGGCUUUUCAGAUUUGUUGUUGGAAUGUGGUUGGAGAGUUGCUGAUUGGUACAAUGACAGAGAAACUUUGGACCAAACGGUCAAAAAUGUGAUGGAUGUUCCAACUCCACGACGCCAAGUAUUUCAAACGUUCUUGUGUUUACAAGGGUUUGGUCAGGAGAAGGAAACUUUGCAAGAUUUGUCCAAAUUAUGUGACGAGGGAAUUCAACUUGCCUUGAGGAAGUGGUAUGGAUUGCCCAGAAGGUUCACCAAUGCUCAUAUCCCAUUGUUGCACACGUUUCAACAGUACGUUGAAUUUAUGGAGGCCAGUCAAGUUUAUUCAAGUUUGGUAACAACUAAUGCGCAAAACUUGGAUGUAAAGUCGCAAGAAUUGAAGAGAGUAUUGCAAGUAUGGCGUGAGAGAUUACCAAAUAUAUGGGAUGACAUCAAUAUUUGGAACGACUUGGUCACCUGGCGUCAGCACGCUUUCCAAGUCAUCAAUAAAGUGUACAUGCCAUUCAUUCCAGUAUUGCAGCAAUCCAAUUCAGGAAGCAAUGCAAACUCUUAUGCUUAUCGUGGGUUCCAUGAGAUUGCUUGGGUAAUUAACAGGUUUGCUCAUGUUGCAAGGAAGCACAACAUGCCUGAAGUAUGCAUCAAAGAAUUGACAAGAAUAUACCAAUUGCCAAAUAUUGAAAUUCAAGAAGCGUUCUUGAAAUUGAAAGAACAGGUCAAGUGCCACUAUCAAAAUCCUAAUGAACUUAAUACAGGUCUUGAUGUUAUUAGCAAUACCAAUUUGGUUUAUUUUGCUACUCAACAAAAGGCCGAGUUCUUCACUCUCAAGGGAAUGUUUUUGAGCAAGUUGAACCAAAAGGAUGAAGCCAAUAAGGCAUUUGCUACUUCCGUUCAGAUCGAUCUCAAUUUGCCAAAAGCGUGGGCUGAGUGGGGGGCGUUCAAUGAUCGUCGCUUCAAGGAGAACCCUAGUGAUAUGGUGUAUGCAAACAACGCCAUCAGUUGCUACUUGCAGGCUGCCGGGUUGUACAAGAAUGGCAAGACGAGGAAACUUUUAGCCCGCAUUUUAUGGUUGAUCAGUUUGGAUGAUGCAUCGGGCACCUUGGCGCAAGCAUUUGAAAACUUUAGAGGGGAAGUUCCAGUGUGGUAUUGGAUAACCUUUAUUCCACAGUUGCUCACAUCGUUAUCGCACAGGGAAGCCAAAUUGGCCAAGCAAGUAUUGGUGAGGAUAGCUAAGAGUUAUCCACAGGCUUUGCAUUUCCAAUUGCGUACAACUAGAGAGGAUCUUGCGGCUCAACAGCGCCAAGCCAUUGAAAUUGCACGUCAAAAAGCAGCAGCAGCAGCAGCAACAGCAGCGGCCACAGCCACAGCCACAGCCACAGCCACAGCUAUAACUGCCAAUUCUCCGUUUGGCCAGAGCCCAGGUGAAACAGGGAAGACUAAUGGCGAAGUUGGCAAUAAAAAUGAGUCUCAAAACGGAGCUCAAUCACAAUCGCCAGCGCCAGCACCAACACCAGCACCUGCACCAACAGCAACGACGGGAACAGCUGCAUCACCCAAUGAAACUGCCGCCCCAGGACAAUCACCAUCGCGUGCAAAUUCACAGUCUGUCCCACCGCCUUCUCGUCCGCAAUCGCAAAAUCAAGUUUCCAUCUCGGUUCCGCCAUCAGUUCGCCAGCCUUUGGAACAUGUAGAGGAGAUAAUGGCCAUUUUGAAGACUGCAUAUCCGUUAUUGGCAUUGUCAUUGGAGUCGUUGGUGGAUCAAAUUAACCAGAGGUUCAAGUGUACCGCAGACGAGGACGCGUAUAGACUUGGUGUUGCCUUGUUGAAUGAUGGGGUGCAGUAUUUGAAUAGGUUGGGUAAUCCCAAGGAGGAUGCAAAGUUGCCGCCAGUGACAGAAGCCAAUAUUACGAGAUUCGCUGAGACAGUGUUGCCUAAGCAAAUUAGGGCAGAGUUUGAAAAAGAUUUGGUACAUUCAAAACCAAACUUGGAAACUUACAUUACAAAAUUGAGGAAAUGGAGAGACAGAUUGGAAGAUAAAUUGGAUAGAAGAUUUACCAAGGUUAACUUGGAGAUUUUAUGUCCACAUUUGAGUGAGUUCCAUCACCAAAAAUUUGAGGAGAUUGAGAUCCCUGGGCAAUAUUUGUUAAACAAGGACAACAAUAACCAUUUUGUCAAGAUUGAAAGAUUUUUGCCAACUAUUGACUUAGCUCGUGGAACUAGUGCAUGUUACAAGAGAUUGAGAAUCAGGGGUCAUGAUGGUAGUUUGCAUACAUUUGCUGUCCAAUUUCCAGCUGCUCGUCAUUGUCGUCGAGAAGAGUCCGUUUUCCAAUUGUUCAGAAUAUUCAAUGACAGCAUUUCGAGGAGGGUCGAGACUAGGAGAAGGGAUAUUCAAUUUACAUUGCCUAUUGCCGUACCGCUUUCACCACAUAUCCGAAUUGUCAAUGAUGAUGUGAAUGAUAUAACCUUGCAAAAAGUUUAUGAGGAUUAUUGCAAAAAGAAUGGCAAGAGUCGCGAUGAACCAUUCAUUUACACUGUUGAGAAAUUGCGGGCUGCAUUUGAUCAUAGAUUGCCCAAGCCCGAUUUGGCAAGCAUACGAGUUGAGAUUUUGAGUGCUACUCAAACAUUGCUUGUCCCAUCUACUGUGUUGAAGGAUUAUUUCUUGCAGCUUUAUCCAAGCUUUGAUGAGUUUUGGUUGUUCCGGAAGCAAUUUACUUCUCAAUAUGCUUCCUUCAUAUUCACCACCUACAUGAUGUGUGUUAAUGCAAGGCAACCACAAAAGAUUCAUGUAAACAAGGGUUCAGGAAGUGUUUGGACUUCAGAUAUGUUACCUUGCAAGAUUCCCAACAGAUACGACAACAACAAUUCUCAAGCCAAACCAACACCAAUGUUUGUGAAUGCAGAGCAAGUGCCAUUUAGAUUGACGCCAAAUAUUCAAAAGUUGAUUGGCGAAAGUGGGUUGGAGGGAAUUUUGGCUGUUUAUGUGUUGUGCAUUGCCAGAGCAUUAUUGGAGCCUGAAUCAGAUUUGGAGCAAUAUUUGACUCUUUAUGUUAGAGACGAGGCUAUAUCAUGGAUAGCACAAGGUGGUGGCGAUAAGAACAGUACUGUUGCAGGACAAGAUAAGCAAUUACGUGAUGUUGUCAAGUUCAAUGUUGAUAGUAUUAUCAAGAGGGUAAUGAACAUGGGCCAUGUAUCUCCUAGUGGAGGCGUUGCCACACAAAAUGUGUUGGAGUUGAUUUCACAAGCUGUCAAUCCUCGUAAUUUGGCAGCUGCUGACACGUUAUGGAUGGCAUACUUUUAG